GCAAUUUUCCUUGGUGAAUACACUUUUGCAGCUCCAAAACCGAUACGAAAGCAACGUCAGCAGAUUAAAAUAGUGCGAAGAAACUGUGCGAACACUGAGUUUGUGCCAGAGCGGCAUUUCUGUUGGCGAACGGUGUAGAAGAAACUCUAGUAGAAACAACCCGCAAGUUCAGCGCAAAGUUGGGAAGAACCGGAAGCAAUACCGAGAAUCGCCUGCAAACAUCCUCGAGGCGAAUUGACGCGCGCGGUUUCACGCCGGCCGCUGUACUUUACCAACUUCCGCAGCGCGCGUAAACUGGACCAAUAGACCAAGCUUGCGCGAGUGGCUGCCGGUGUGUUUAUGUGCGCCUCCGUAUGUUUGUGUGUUGCGUAUGUGAUUGAGCAAGCAAAACGUUAAUAUUGUCGGAACACAGAGUCCCGCCACCGCCAACACCAAGGGAACGCUCGUAAGUGCUUGAGCAAUGAGUGCCCCUGAAAACGCAAAAGCACAGUCUGCUCCGGAUCAUCACCAUUCUCACCAUCAGAAUGUUGUUGUGCCAGCGACAACAGCGCCUGCUUUAUCGACCGCAGUAGCAGCAGCAGCACAGGGAGCGGUAGCAACCGGAGUGUUAUCAUCUGCGGCGACAGUUUCCGCCACACCGAGUGCGCCAGCCACCGCGAUCGGAUCCUGCAGUACUGCUAGUGUUGCUACUGCUGACAGUGCCACUGCGAUACAUGCCAACGCGAGCAAUAAUAGUGUAGUGAGCGGUGGAAGCAGCAACGACGAGUCCACAGGCUGCACUAAGAACACCUCUGCCGGUACUACUAGCGGAAGCGUCGUCGUCGCAGUGAAACCACCUGGCGGUGGUGACGCGGUUGUGGUCGUCGCGGGCACAAAAACAAACGUCGCCGGAGUUAGUGUGGCGUCGAGCAAUGCUGCUCCGGAACUCGCCACAGGUACCGAAUCUGGUACCGAUGCCUGUGCCCAGCAGCAGUCAAGUGGUCAUUCGGACAGUGGAAGUGCGACCGACAGUGUCCCGAUUGCAUACACAGCUUCCGAUGAAGCCGAAACCCCAACCGGUUUCGGCACGUCGCCAUCGGAAGCAGCAGCAACAGGAACCGCUGAUACAGCGGUGAAAGUUGCCGUACCAGUAGCACCCGAUAUCGCGGCUCCUGCGGUAGCCUCGGGCAGUGGUUCGGUCGGCGGUAGUAACGGUGGCACUGGGGGAAGCACAGGGACAGUGGUGGCAUCCUUAAGCCGUGCGCGAGGUGAACUCGGAGAAAAACACACCUUGGAGUAUCACUGCCGCAUGUUGGAAGGUGAACUUCAGGCAGUUAAAGAAUCGGAAACAAAACUCAAACAACAAUAUAGCGAGUCUCAACGCCGUGAGCGUCUUCUCGUGCGGAGGUUGACAAUCAAGGAGCAAGAAAUUCAAGAUUAUGUCAACCAGAUUACGGAACUUAAGGCAGCGCAAGCACCCGGUCCCGCAGCCCUGCGCUCAGCUCUGCUAGACCCAGCUGUCAAUAUACUCUUUCAAAAGCUCAAAGCGGAACUGCAGGCCACCAAAGCCAAGCUGGAGGAAACACAAAACGAACUGUCCGCGUGGAAGUUUACACCCGACUCGAACACUGGCAAGCGCCUCAUGGCCAAGUGCCGGUUACUGUACCAGGAAAAUGAGGAACUGGGCAAAAUGACCUCGAACGGACGGUUGGCAAAGCUAGAGAGCGAGCUGGCACUGCAGAAGAGCUACAACGAGGAAGUGAAAAAAUCACAACUGGAAUUGGACGAUUUUCUACAGGAGCUAGACGAGGAUGUCGAGGGUAUGCAGGGCACGAUAGUGUUUCUUCAGCAAGAACUGAAACAAACCAAGGACGGCAGGGACGAGCUGGAGAAGGAGCUCGCCCAGUUGCGCGCGUACGUUGCCAGCUUGGCUUCCAAUGAUCCAUCUAUAGGAACGCCGACGGAUGAAUCCGCUAUGGAUGCGUUGCGGGAUAACAACAGUACCUACCACAACCCUGACGGUGGUGGUGGUGGUGCUGACAGUAUCGGUGGCAUGGGCGGCGGUGUUACGCCCAUCUAUUUAGUGAACGGUGGCAGCACCAACAGCGCCAACAGCAGCGGCAGACUUCUGGUGAAUAAGAGUUCAAGUGGUGAUCAAGAUUUGGUGUACAAUCGGACGCACUGUGGUGGCGUGGUUAAUAACAUUGAUUUACGAACUACACCGUCAACCGGCGCAAGCAACAGCAACAUUAUUGGCAUGCCCGCAGCAACAACCGCGCCAUCGGGAAGCUCCUUCGUCGCUGCUGCUGAGCCGAGUGGUUCCGUCGUGAAUGGUACGACAACCUUUGCCAACAGCAGCAGUGACAUUGUAGUCGGUGCUGAGCAGCCGCACCAGCAAACAAACCGCGAACUGCUGCAGAGCAUUGCAGUUGCCGGCAGCGCGCCCCUCGGAAGGACGAAUAGCAGUAACAAUAGUACUAGUAGUAGUAGUAGUAGUUGUGGUGGUGAUGGUGGUAGCAACUUUGCCACCGUAAACAGUGUGAAUAGUGGUAGUAACAGUGGCGGUAGUAGCAGCGGCGGCAAUAGUGCAGUUUCUGCUGCCAGCACCAAACCGCAGCAGCAGCAGCAACUGCAACAACACCGACCAACGGCGAGUCAUAAUGCUGGUGGCCGCAAUGGUGGACGAACAACAGUGGGGGGUACCAGAAAACGAAAUUACAAUGAGACCGACAGCGAUGCGUCGGAGUUGCUGGCGCAUUCCGAGGUCGUCAGUGGUGUUGGUGACGCGUACGGUAGCGAAAGUGGUGGUGCCGGUGUCGAAGUGCCGAUUAAAGAUAAUGGUAGUGGAGCUGGUGUUGCGGAUAGUGUUGCGAACGGGAAGCCUCUGGCGACAGCCAGCCUGGUAGCAGCCUCCGCCGCCACCGAUGGUUCGUUCUUGUUAUCGGAGCAGGACGAUUCGAAUAGCAAUAAGCGCAUGACACGCUCGGGUAAGGGUAAGGCCGUGGCUGCUACCACUGCCGCCUUAUCGUCCACCUCCUCGCUGGCCGGCUCGAUGACUGUUGGUGGGUUCGGUUCGAGCGCGGCGGCCGCGAACGUUCUUGUGACGAGUGCGGCGAAAAAACUUCGACGCGGUUCCGUGGCCAUGGACGAUGAAAGCGAUUCGGCGGCAAGCACCAUCGGUGACACGCAGCAUCUCACAAACCCUCCCCAGCAUACGGCGGUAUCGUCUGCCAAUGGUUCCAACUAGUACACGGACCAUAAACACACAACUACCGACCGUGACGAGAUGUCCUCCGUCCCGUUAGGCAAAAUCGCUGUGUGAAUGUGUGCUGCAAUGUGCGCGUGUAUUUGGGGCGCGUUGUGUGGGUCGGAAGUAGUAGGGUCCAUAGAAUGGCCCGGAGAAAUGUAAUGUAGAAAAAACGGAAUAAGAGAACAACACGUUUCUUGACUUGACCGCUUUUGUGCAGCUGGUGUCCGGUCGAAUGCUGCAAUGCAAUUCUGCAGCGUGAGUGAGAACGGUUGGAAAGAUACCGUGGAAAUCGGACGAAUUAUAUCACCUGUUUUAAGCGAACGUAACGAAAAGCAAAGUGCGGCAUAAACAGGCAAAUGAACAAAGAGCAGAGAGAAAACCGAAAAACACUCAAAGUGAGCUUGCUCUUCAACCAACCACACAGAGCAUGUCGAAGUUCGUUGUUUCCAUUUUACUAUUAUUAUUAUUUUUGAGAUUACUCUGGGCGCAGUGCACUGCUCGGAAGAUGUAGCAGCAGGUUAACCGUACAUUUCAACUGAAGGCAAGAUCAGAAGAGACAUAAGUGAAAUAUGGAAACGAAAAACUACUCUUAAACCACGAGGACUAGACCCUACAUUAACAUGUAAGGAUAGACAACAACAAACCUACAAACAAACAAAAAUCGCAAGACAAGAAGUUGCUGAAUAAAGAAAAUAAUUAAGGAACAUGAACUGUAAUUGAUUAACUUGUAUAAACAAUCUCGAACACUUCGAACUGAGCGCCACGGCCAAAGCGAAACAAACUCGUUGCCCAUUCCUAUGGUAAAGUUCGCUAUUGGUUCUGUUUCCCUCUCGCCAUGACAGUC